AGCGAGGAGAGAGAGAGAGAGAGAGGAGCGAGGAGAGAGAGGCGAGGAGAGAGAGAGAGAGCGGAGAGAGCGAGGAGAGAGGAGCGAGGAGAGAGAGAGAGAGAGAGAGAG